UCUGAAAACACAAUACAUGUAUUCAUCCUCCGAGCAUAUCUCCUUCCUGUUUGACGCUGCUUAUCAACUCUACGCUUCCUCCAAAUUCACCCCCAAUAACCACAAUCUCUGACUCUCUGUGUGUUUGUUGCUCUUUUUCAUAGGAUACUUGAAGCAUAAUUUGAUUCAUAAGUUUGAAGUUUAUAGAUACUACUUUAUCUUACUAGGCUUGAAUUUUAGGAGAAUUUUUGUUGUUGUUAGUUGGAUUUAUCGAAUUUUGGUAGAAUGGAGCCAAAGCAACAUGUGAGGUUUACAUUGGGGAAACAGUCGUCGAUGGCGCCGAAUACGGGUUCGUGUUCGGAUUCGGAUGAUGGAUUGGAGGCGAUUGAUCCUAGGGUUAGGUUGAUGUUUUUCUCGAGUGAGGGUGAUUUGGAAGGGAUUAAGAAGCUGUUGGAUUCAGGAACUGAUGUUAAUUUUAAAGAUAUUGAUAAUCGGACGGCUUUGCAUGUGGCAGCUUGUCAAGGGUUUAGUGAUGUUGCUGAGUUGUUGCUGGAAGGCGGUGCUGAAGUUGACCCGCAAGAUAGAUGGGGUAGCACGCCUCUUGCAGAUGCAAUCCAUUAUAAGCACCAUGGCGUGGUCAAACUUUUGGAGAAACAUGGUGCCAAACAUCUGAUGGCUCCCAUGCAUGUCAAAAAUGCCCGUGAAGUUCCAGAGUAUGAAAUUGAUGCCAAAGAACUUGAUUUCACAGAUAGCGUUGACAUUACUAAGGGAACCUUUGCCAUGGCUUCAUGGCGUGGAACACAAGUUGCUGUUAAAAAGCUUGGGGAUGAACUUUUUACUGAUGAGGACAAAGUGAGUGCUUUUAGGGAUGAGCUUGAAUUGCUUCAAAAGAUACGACACCCGAAUGUGGUUCAAUUUCUAGGUGCUGUAACUCAAAGUAGUCCAAUGAUGAUUGUGAUAGAAUAUUUACCUAAGGGUGAUCUUGGGGCAUAUUUGAAAAGAAAAGGAGCACUAAAGCCAAAAACCACUUUAAAGUAUGCAAUGGAUAUUGCAAGGGGGAUGAGCUAUUUGCAUGAGAAUAAGCCAGAACCGAUCAUUCACAGGGAUCUUGAACCUUCAAAUAUUUUGCGAGAUGAUUCUGGCCAUCUGAAAGUUGCAGACUUUGGAGUCAGCAAGCUGCUGAAAGUGACAAAAGCAGCCAAACGGGAAAAGCUGAUGACCUAUCAAGACACUACCUGGCGCUAUGUUGCACCAGAGGUGUUCAGAAAUGAAGACUAUGAUACCAAAGUUGAUGUUUUCUCAUUUGCUCUAAUUUUACAAGAGAUGAUUGAAGGCUGCCAACCGUUUCAUACAUUGAAUGAAAGAGAUGUCCCUAAAGCAUAUGCUGCAAAAAGACGUCCUCCUUUUAAUGCUCCCUCAAGGAGUUACCCCCAUGGCCUUAAACAGUUGAUUGAGGAGUGUUGGCAUGAGAAUCCAGGCAAGAGACCAUCAUUCAGACAGAUAAUUGUUCGAUUGGAAUCAAUUUACAAUUCUUUAAACCAUAAAAAGCAUUGGAAGAUCCAACCAUGGAGGUGUUUUGGGUUCGGAAUGCAUAAGAAGGAAGAGAAAAGUAGCCAUAAUCGCUCAUCUCGCAUCUAAACACACACACACACACACACAGACACGCACCCUUUGGCUUAAUUUAUGUAGGAAAUGAUUCUUGUGUUUAAGUUUGCCUUCAGACAUGUACAUAUUAAUUUUAGUAUUAUUAUUUGAUCCGUCAUAAAUAAAGUUUCCCUUUUUUUAUUC